AAUUUUUAUUUUUUAUUUUUUUUUUGAAAAAAAAAAUAAUUUUUUGUCACAUGGCCUCUGUUUUUGCAAUAAAUCUCAGUAACCAAAUUCUCUUUCUCUCUCUAACCAAAAAAACACUCUCUCUUAAUUCUCUUUUCUAGAGAGAGAAAGAGAGCAAAAUAGUAAAGAAAGAAAUGUUGGAUUAUCAUCAUCAUCAUCAUCUUCAUCAACCAAAAUCAUGAACAUUUUUACCAGUCGAAUUCUCCUUCUUCUUCUUCUUCUAAUCUCAUCUUCUCUUCUAGUUCAAUCUCUUUCCUUAAACAACAACAACAACAACAACGACGUCGUUUUGUUACUCUCUUUCAAAUACCUUCUCAAAGAUCCUUUCUUUGUCCUCAAUUCAUGGAACAUUAACGACAAAAACUCCCCUUGUUCUUGGACCGGAGUUACCUGCAAUGGCUUUUCUCAAGUCACCGCUUUAUCUUUACCCAGUUCCGGCUUUCUCGGUCCGAUCUCUCCCGACCUCGGUUCCAUCAAAAACCUCCAAAGACUCGACCUUUCCAACAAUUCCCUUAAUGGGUCACUCCCAAAAUCUCUGUUCCAAGCUUCUGAGCUUAGGUUUCUUGACUUGUCCAAUAACUUAAUCACCGGAGAGUUACCGGAAGUUAUGGCGACGAUGAAUACCAAUCUUCAAGCUUUGAAUCUUUCCGAUAAUGCUUUGGCGGGAAAUAUUCCCAGUAAUCUUGGCUCUUUACCAAGUUUAAAAAUUGUUUCUUUAAAGAACAAUUAUUUAUCUGGUGUUUUACCGAGUGGGUUUCAAAGUAUUGAGCUCUUAGAUCUGUCUACCAAUCUAAUCAACGGUUCUCUCCGUUCAGAUUUCGGCGGUGAAAAUCUUCGUUACUUGAAUCUUUCUUACAACAAUCUUUCCGGUGCAAUCCCACCUGAAUUUGCUAAAAAAAUUCCGGCAAUGGCCACUCUUGAUUUUUCGUUUAAUAAUCUCACCGGACAGAUUCCAAAGUCUGAAGCUUUGUUAAAUCAGAAAACGACGUCGUUUUCAGGUAAUUCUGAUCUGUGUGGAGAACCAACGAAAAAGCUCUGUUCAACUUUUUCUUCUUUAAUUCCAAACAUUUCAGCUCCGACUUCUCCUCCGGCGAUAGCUGCGAUUCCGAGAACAAUUGAUUCAGACCCAGCAACAGUUACUCCGGCGAAUCAUGAAAAAAAGCAAACGGGGCUUAAACCGGCGACUAUAAUAGCAAUCGUAGCAGGGGAUGUGUUAGGAGCUGCCAUUUUAGGUGUAAUUUUCUUGUACAUAUACAGAUUGAAAAAGAAGAAGAAAAAGAUUGAAACUUCAUUGAAGAACGAAGCUAAUAUAGCUAAAGAUGAAUGGUCAUCUCCUUCUUCUUCGUCUGAAUCUAAAGGGUUUACGAGAUGGGCUUGUCUUAGAAAAAGAACAGAAGAAGAAGAAAGCUCGUCGGAAUCAAUGGCUUCUGAUGAUGAAGAAGAAGGUGGUCGGAAAAGUAGUACUCAAGAAAAUGAUCAACAGAGAAAGGUUGGAACUUUAGUGACUGUAGAUGGUGAAAAAGAGCUUGAAUUAGAGACAUUGUUGAAAGCUUCGGCUUAUAUAUUGGGAGCAACUGGUUCGAGCAUUAUGUAUAAAGCUGUUCUUGAAGAUGGAACAACAUUCGCCGUUAGAAGAAUCGGAGAGAGCAGUGUUUACCGGUUUAAGGAUUUUGAGAAUCGGGUUCGGGUCGUGGCUAAGUUGGUUCACCCGAAUUUGGUUCGGGUUCGUGGCUUUUAUUGGGGUGUUGAUGAAAAGCUCAUAAUCUACGAUUUCGUCCCCAAUGGCUGCCUUGCCAAUGCUCGUUACAGGAAAGUGGGUUCCUCACCUUGUCAUUUACCUUGGGAAGCCCGGCUUAAGAUAGCAAAAGGAGUGGCACGUGGGCUUGCUUACCUCCACGAAAAGAAGCACGUGCACGGUAACUUAAAGCCCAGUAACAUUCUAUUGGGCUCUGAUAUGGAGCCCAAGGUUGGUGAUUUUGGGCUUGAAAGGCUUGUAACAGGUGACACAAGUACCAAAACUUGGGGCUCAGCUCGAAAUUUCGGUAGCAAGAGAUCAACAGCUUCUAGAGAUAGUUUUCCUGAUUUCAUACCUGGGCCGAGCCCAAGCCCAAGCCCAAGUGCAUUCGGUAUAUCUCCUUACCAUGCACCUGAGUCGCUUAGGAGCCUAAAGCCCAACCCAAAAUGGGAUGUGUUUUCUUUUGGGGUAAUAUUGCUUGAACUUCUAACUGGUAAAGUUGUGGUUUUGGAUGAGUCUGGUCAAGGGCCAGGGAUUGUGGUUGAUGACAAGUGUAGGGCUCUGAGAAUGGCUGACGUGGCAAUUCGUGCUGAGCUGGAAGGUAAAGAAGAAUGCUUAUUGGGUUGCUUUAAAGUUGGGUACAAUUGUGCCUCACCGGUCCCACAAAAGAGACCUUCAAUGAAAGAAGUGGUUCAAGUUCUUGACAAAAUUCCUUGUUCAACUUCUUCAUCAUACUAUUAUUAUGGUAACUAAAAUAGUAAUAUUAAUCAUAAUUUUGGACACCCUUUUGUAGAGAGUUGUAUGUAUGAUUUGAUUGACUUAAAAAAAAAAAAAAAUAGGCCCUUUGGUUCUUUUUGUCCAAAA